AUGCCAAAAAUUGAAAAUACUACAGGAAUGCCUAUAAAUUUGAUUAUAGAUGAAUUAAAAAGUGAUGAUAUCAGAAAAAGAAUUCAUUCAGUCAAGCAUUUAGAUUUGAUUGCCAGUACUAUAGGUCCAGAGAGAACGAAAAGUGAAUUAAUCCCUUUCAUAUAAGGUAUGCUGAAAUAUCAUUUAGAAUUACUUGAUGAUGACGAUGAGGUUUUGAUUGAGUUGGUUGAAUCUUUAUCUAGAAAUUUCAUUGAGCUAGUUGGUGGAUAGGCAUAAGUUUUACUACCUACUUUCGAAGCAUUAUGUAGAGUGGAAGAUGCUUCAGUAAGGGAGAAAGCUGCUAAUCAAUUGAAGAAAUGUUUUGCUUUGUUGCCUGACCAAAAGAAGAUUGAGGAAUUGUCAAUGGGGAUUAUAAAAAGAUUGAAUGAUAGCGAUUAUUAUUUGGCCAAGAAUGCAGUUGUGAUAUUGGUGCCAGCAAUUCUUAAUUAAGUCUCUCAAAACAACUAGAAUGAUUUGAUUAACAUCAUACUAAAAAUUUCCUAAGACCAAAUUCCUUAAGUUAGAAAAUUUUCAUCAAUGUAUUUUUAAGUAUUUCGUUACAUAAUUGCAGGAUUUAUAAAUGAAACCUUCAUUUAAAAUACAUUAAAUUCAUUCAUUAAAGACGAAUAAGAUUUUAUUAGAAUGUAUAUAGUUGAUGCCUUGAUUGCCUCGAGUAAAACUGCAUUUUUUUAGAAACAAUAAAACUUUGUUCUAAAUAUGUUCAAAUAAUUGGCAGAAGAUCAAUCCUGGAGAGUGAGAUAUUAUUUUUGUGAUAAACUGGCUGAAAUUGGAGAAUCAGUGGGUAAAGACAGUUAUCGAAAAAACUUUUAAAAUUACCAUCUGAAGUUUCUGUAGGACAGUGAGCCUGAGAUGAAAUCUAUUGCAGCAUUGAAAAUAGAAAAGUUAAGUUCUUUAAUGGAUGCAGAGGAAAUUAUGAAUAAAUUAAUUCCACUUUUGAAAUCAAUUCAAUCAGAUUCAAACUCCUUUGUUAGAAAUUCCUUAGCAUCUUCUGUCUUGUCUUUGUCACCAAUUAUUGGUAAGAAAAAUACAAGCGAGUAAAUUUUGCCAAUCUUCUUAACCUUACUAAAAGAUCAAGAUUCGGAUGUUAGAAUUACUUUAUUCAAAAAGUUAAGUCUUCUCACAAGUGUACUAGGAGUUGAUUCCUUGUCUUAAAGUGUGAUUCCAGCUCUAACAGAAUUAGCUUAAGAUAAGAAUUGGAGAAUUCGAGCAUCUACAAUAGAAGUUCUAAGUUUCUUUGCCAGAGCAAUAGGCCCAGAAUUCUUAUCGGAUAAAGUUCUAAAAUUACUCUUAGAUUGGCUUGGUGAUAAAGUGUAUUCUGUUAGAUAAACAGCAAUUCAAUAAACUGCUUAAUUGAUCUAAAUCCUUGGUAUUGCAUGGGCUGAUAGAAAUUUGUUAACUAAAAUUUGGGGAUUUUAAUCUAUCCAAAAUUAUCUUCAAAGACUCACAGUGCUAUUUACAAUAACUCAAAUAGCAUCUUCAUUGAACAAUGAUUACAUAUUGAAAACAAUUCUCCCUCUUUUAUAAUAAAUGUCAAAGGAUUCGGUUGCCAAUGUCAGAAGCAAUGUUUGCAAGACAGCUAUCUUAUUAGCAAAAGAGAAAGGGGGAAAUGUUGUAGAGCCAUUGAAAAAAGUUUUAUAAUCUCUUUGUGAUGAUUAAGAUGCAGAGGUUAAAUACUAAGCAAAAAGUGCAUUAGAAUCAUUAUGA